CUAGGUACAAAAUGGUUGACCCAAGAGACAUUUGUCCUCACCUGGACUCCAUAGGUGAGGUCACCAAGGAAGACCUGCUUCUCAAGUCAAAGGGGACGUGCCAGUCUUGCGGUGCAGGGGGACCAAACCUGUGGGCCUGCCUUCAGGUUGGUUGUACUUAUGUUGGUUGCGGGGAAUCCUUUACUGAUCACAGCACCCUUCAUGCACAGGCCAAAAAGCACAAUCUGACAGUGAAUUUGACGACAUUCCGGGUGUGGUGCUAUGCAUGUGAAAAGGAGGUAUUCUUGGACCAGCGGCUGGCCGCCCACAGUCCAGCCCCACAGUCAAAAGGAACAGACCAGGACUCUCCUCCACUUGUUCAUCCUCUGAAAGCUGUUCCAAUUGCAGUGGCUGACGAAGGGGAGUCAGAAUCAGAAGAUGAUGAUCUCAAACCAAGAGGCCUUACUGGAAUGAAAAACCUCGGGAACUCCUGUUACAUGAACGCUGCACUUCAAGCCCUCUCUAAUUGCCCCCCACUCACACAGUUCUUCCUGGAGUGUGGUGGACUCGUGCGCACAGACAAGAAGCCGGCGCUCUGCAAAAGUUACCAAAAGCUGAUUUCUGAAGUGUGGCACAAGAAGCGCCCGAGCUACGUUGUCCCGAGCAGCCUGUCCCAUGGUAUCAAGCUGGUCAAUCCCAUGUUUCGAGGGUACGCACAACAGGACACACAAGAAUUCCUCCGCUGCUUGAUGGACCAGCUUCACGAAGAGCUGAAGGAGCCGAUCGUCGCUGAGACGCGGGACUCUGACUCGAGCGACACAGAUGACAAGCGAGAGGGCGACCGCUGUCCCUCGGAGGACGAAUUCCUCUCCUGUGACUCGAGCAGUGACCGAGGCGAAGGAGACGGGCAGAGCAAAACAGGAGGCUUGCUGGUGGAGGCAGAGCUGUUGAUCCAGGAUGAGGCCGGAAGGGGGAUCUCUGAAAAAGAGAGGUUGAAGGACCGCAAGUUUACAUGUAGCCACCGGCGCAGCAACUCUGAACAGGUGGAUGAGGAUGCUGACGUAGAUACUUCUGUGAUGCCCGUGGAUGGCAGGGCUUCCCCGGAAACCCUCCCUCUUCCCACUCCUCAUCCAGUCAGCCCUUCACGAACGCCAGAACCAGACAAUGAUGCAUACACCCGCUGCUCCUCUCGACCCUGUAGCCCUGUUCACCAGGACAUGCACUCCAAGCUCUCGAGCAGUCCUCCACGUUCGAGCCCAGUGAGGCUGGGACCCUCUUACGUACUGAAGAAAGCCCAGAUGCAGGCCUCUGGCAAAAAGAAGAAGGAGGUCCGCUACCGCAGCGUCAUCUCCGACAUCUUCGACGGCUCCAUCCUGAGCCUCGUGCAGUGCCUCACCUGUGACAGAGUGCGUCUCCUUACUGCUGCCGAUCAAGUCUCCACCACUGUUGAGACAUUCCAGGACCUGUCGCUGCCCAUCCCCGGGAAGGAGGACCUGGCCAAGCUGCACUCGGCCAUCUACCAGAAUGUGCCGGCCAAGACGGGAGCCUGCGGGGACAACUAUGCCUCGCAGGGCUGGAUUGCCUUUAUCAUGGAGUAUAUCCGAAGGUUUGUGGUUUCCUGCAUCCCCAGUUGGUUUUGGGGUCCAGUGGUCACCUUGGAGGACUGUCUGGCUGCCUUCUUUGCUGCUGACGAAUUGAAAGGUGACAACAUGUACAGUUGUGAACGGUGUAAAAAAUUGCGGAAUGGAGUUAAAUAUUGCAAAGUCCUCCGACUCCCUGAGAUCCUGUGCAUCCACUUGAAGCGCUUCCGGCACGAGGUGAUGUACUCCUUCAAAAUCAACAGCCACGUCUCCUUCCCCUUGGAAGGGCUGGACCUCCGGCCUUUCCUGGCCAAGGAGAGCGUCUCUCAGAUCACGACCUAUGACCUUUUGUCUGUCAUCUGCCACCAUGGCACUGCGGGCAGUGGGCAUUACAUUGCCUACUGCCAGAAUGUCAUCAACGGCCAGUGGUAUGAAUUUGACGACCAGUAUGUCACGGAGGUGCACGAGACGGUCGUGCAGAACGCAGAAGCCUACGUCCUGUUCUACAGGAAGAGCAGCGAGGAGGCUGUGCGGGAGCGUCAGAAGGUGGUCUCCUUGGCCACCAUGAAGGAGCCCGGUCUGCUGCAGUUCUACAUCUCCCGGGAAUGGCUCAACAAAUUCAACACCUUUGCAGAGCCGGGGCCCAUCACCAACCACACCUUCCUCUGCUCCCACGGAGGCAUCCCUCCAAAUAAAUACCAUUACAUCGACGAUCUCGUGGUGAUUCUUCCCCAGAACGUGUGGGAGUACUUGUAUAACAGGUUUGGUGGUGGCCCAGCCGUGAACCACCUCUAUGUGUGUUCAGUAUGCCAAGUGGAGAUCGAAGCCCUGGCCAAGAGGAGGAGGAUCGAGAUCGACACCUUCAUUAAGCUGAACAAGGCGUUCCAGGCAGAGGAGUCCCCCAGCGUCAUCUAUUGCAUCAGCAUGCAGUGGUUCCGUGAGUGGGAGGCGUUCGUAAAAGGCAAAGACAAUGAGCCGCCCGGACCAAUUGACAACAGCAAGAUUGCUGUGGCGAAAGGAGGUGGCCACAUGCAGGUGAAGCAGGGAGCUGAUUAUGGGCAAAUUUCCGAGGAGACCUGGGUUUACUUGAGCACGCUAUAUGGUGGGGGUCCCGAAAUCGCGAUCCGGCAGAACGUGGCGCAAGUGCAAGAGCUGGAGAGUUUGCACGGGGAGCAGAAGAUCGAAGCUGAGACCCGAGCUGCCUGA